CAGCCGGGCCCGGUGGGCGUGCUUUGCCCCUGUAGAGCGGUGAUACUUUGUAACAUUUUUUUGUUGUUGACUUUGCAUUGGAGCUGCGAGGAGGCAGCGGAGAGCAGGACUGGUUUUACGAGGCUUGGGCAGUCAGUAGUACUGAUCCCCUGCUACUAGCAAGAACCCUACAGCUCCGGGCGUUUUUAAAGAAUUAGGAAUCAACCCUUUUAACAUCAGUAACUGCUUACCUUUUAACUGCAUGGCGGAGAGGCAGCAGCCCGCAAAGUCGAGUUAAAUUGUCAAGAGGAAUCUCGUGUCUCCGAUCGGCUAUUGUUUCGCGUUGGCGAUGGUCCGCUACCGUAGCAUUUAAAAAAAAAAACCACACGGGGACAGCGGGUCUGGACGUGGGAUUCUUCGCAGACGAAACGGAGAGAAAUUAAACGUCUUUUAAAACGAGAAACGCUCAAAGAGGUGGGGGGACUUCAUUUCGGGGAUAUUUCUAUAACGAGAAGACCGGAGAAGAUCUGGCGUUCGCGUUGGGCUGUACAAGGAACAGCAGAACACUUGGAUCUUGUGAUAUUUUGAGGAACCCCCUUUCUCGGGUACCAGGGCUUUUGUUUUUUUUUUAAAUUUGGGGGUUUGAGCCCCUUUUCUUUCUCUCCGACCAACACCAAACUCCCCACCCCCUUCUCCUCCUCCUCCUCCUCCCUCCUCCCCGUUUUUUUUGAGCUACAGCCCCCCUCAAACCCCCUCGCGCUGUCUCGCUCUUGAAUGCCAGGUCAUCGAAUGGACCAGCACCCUAGCGCGAGGAGCUGCACGAGCCGGGGAGCCGCGUCCUGCGAGGCCGUCGCGAGCGAGCCCUCCAUGAACUUGUACAUCCGCUCCACCACCGGCACGCGCUUCGAGCUCUCCCUGCCGCAGGACGAGACGGUGGAGGGGCUGAAGAGGAGGUUAUCGCAGAGGCUGAAGGUGCCGAAAGAGAGACUCGCUCUGCUACACAAAGAAACGCGGCUAAGUUCAGGCAAACUCCAGGACUUCGGCGUCUCCGAUGGGAGCAAGUUAACACUCGUCCCCACUGUGGAAGCGGGUUUAAUGUCACAAGCAUCCAGACCCGAGCAGUCCGUCAUGCAGGCUUUGGAGAGCUUAACAGAAACUCAGGUCAGCGACUUCCUGUCGGGCCGCUCACCUCUGACCCUCGCCCUGCGCGUGGGCGACCACAUGAUGUUCGUCCAGCUGCAGCUGGCGGCCCAGCAGUCCGGCGGGCAGCAGCUGCACCACCGGCAUGGUGCCAGGCUGUCGUUGUCAUCCCGGGGUUGGGGUGAUGGUUCGGGGAAAGUCAUCCAUGAGAGUUCGGUCUGUAACACCCCCUCCCUCUUUCUUUCAGGCACUUUGCACCCCAACUGUCAGGACAGCAGCGGGCGCCCGCGGCGGGACAUUGGCACCAUCCUGCAGAUCCUCAACGACCUGCUGAGCGCCACCCGGCACUACCAGGGCGUGCCCUCCUCCCUGACCCAGCUGCGCUGCCAGACGCAGUGCGGGCCCUCGCCGCCCCCCUCGCCGCCGCCCUCGCCCCCCGCCGCGGGCAUCGCCAGCCUCUCUGCCAAAGCUACCUCAGUGCCCAGCCCUGGCCAGCCCUCCCUGCACCCUCUGGUCCAGUGUCAGAGCCCCAUCCGCAUGUGCAGACCCAGCGGUGACCGGCUGCGGCAGACGGAGAACCGCGCCACGCGCUGCAAGGUGGAGCGCCUGCAGCUGCUCAUGCAGCAGAAGAGGCUGCGCCGGAAGGCCCGGCGCGACGCCCGCGCCCCCUACUCCUGGCUGCCCAACCGCAAGUCCAGCCGCAGCAACAGCAACAGCAGCGUGUCCAGCGACGGCUCGCUGGACCUGGACUACGAGGACUCGGUCUGGAAGCCCGACGUGAAGGCCGACCUGAAGUCGGAGUUCGUCGUGGCGUAGCGCGGCGGCGGCGGCGGCAGUGGGGGGGGGCUGCCGGGAGAGGACAACGGGCACGGACAAGGAAGGACCGGCCAAGAGGGAGGGGAGGGAAGAGAUGGCGACUCCUGCUGCCCAUUGGAAUGGAAGGACCGAACUUUGACCUUUGACCUCACCCGCGUGACCCCCGCCCCGGCGGACGCAGGCGGGGGCCCCGUCGAGACUCCCUGCUCCGCGGGCUCCUCCGCCCAGAGAGGCCCCAGGUCCGAGGGGUCCUGUCCGAGGACACGAAAUCGAGAUUAUAUCCAGUGAAAAAUAUAUAUACGCAUAUAUAUAUAUAUGGUGUUGUUGUUGUUUUCUGGACUUGACGGGACUGUGCAAGACUGCAGAACGAGACUUUACAGAAAUAAAAGAAAAAAAAUCUUCAACGCCCUGCCUUAGGUAAGAAAAAACUCCUACGGGGCAGAAUUUGAGGGUGGCUCGGUUUUUUUUCUCCCCCAAGGAGCACUCCGGCCUGAACUUGUACUGGCCCGGUUUUCUGCGCCUGUGCGUCUGGCGCCGCGGUGUUCUGGGCAGAGGCCGGGCGCCGGGACCCCAGAGAAGCGACCCGGCCGAAUUUCGGACAUGGGGCAUUCUAGGCAUCAUCGUCACCAACCAGAAACGAAGAGUUCAGUUAAUAAGGCGUCUUUUUUUUUAUUGCAUUUUCUUUUCCAAACAAAAGAUGUAGCAUUGUUCACAAAGCAUUCAGGUUUUCAGAAACAAAAUGGACAGGCCUGUUCUUUUUUUGCACAUUCUUUUCUGAAUUUUUUG